UUUCAUUCAUUCUUCCACCAUUGUCUUCUUUUUCUGUAGGUUUUUGAUUUUUCUUUCAUUGAUGGCGUAAAAUUUUGCACGAUAAGAUCUUGUACAACAAUUUUCGGUUCAGAACAAUAUUGCAAUACCUAGUAAUAGGUAUUUGAAGUUGUUAUUUGUAAAUUAUAUACACUUAUUGGUUUCGUGAAAAGCAGUAAUCAUGAGAGUGGAGCUAUGUUUGCCAUUGGCUCUUCUAUUUUUAACCAAUGGUCUUCCCUCAAAUGCGCAAAAGUCUCCGACUGAGCGGUCGGUGGUGGUGGAGGCGGGCGCGCCACUGGUGGUGGAGUGUGAGCUGCGCGUGGAGCAGCUGGCGGAGUGGCGGCUGGAGGGCCGCGUGCCGCCCGCCGACCUGCGGCCCGCGGCCGAGUCCGCGCCCGCCGACGGCUGGCUGACGGCGCGGCUGCGCGCGCCCGCUGCGCGCCCCGCGCACGCCGGCGUCUACACGUGCGCGCCGCCCGACGCGCCGCUCCGGCACCGAGUGCGCGUGCAGCUGCGCCCGCUCGCCGCGCCCGCCGCUCCCGCCGCCGACACGGAGGCGAGCGCGGCGGCCAGUGAGCACGCGGCCGAGCUCGGCGAGCCCGACUUGUACUUCGAGCGCUCCUUCGACCUCAACUGCACCAACCCCUCCCUCCCCAAGGACACCUACGUCUGGUCUAAGAACAAGACGGAGGUGUCGAAGUUGAAGGAGUUGGGCGAGCUGCGCUUCGAGCUGCUGGAAGAUGGCGCGAUCUUGCGUGUGAAGCCGGCGCUUGAAAAUGAUUUCGGUGACUACACGUGUGCGACCGGCGCCGGCUACCAGCGCAGCUGGCGCGUGUGGGCGCGUCCGCGCGCCAAGCUCGUCGCCAACACCAACGUGGUCGAGGGACAGAAGCUCAAGCUGACCUGCAAGGUGCUGGGCAAGCCGACGGCGGGCGCGGUGACGUGGAAGUACAACGCGACGGCGCAGGGCCCCGAGCUGACGCUGGCGAGUGGCGCGCGUGACGGGCGCGUGACGCUGGCGGCGGCGGACAACGUGACGGACAGCGUGCUGGUGCUGGCGGACGCGGCACGCGCGGACGCGGGUUUGUAUUCCUGCGUGCCCGGCGUCGCGGGCGAGCGCGCCACCACCACACUGCGCGUCAAGGACAUGUACGCGGCGCUGUGGCCCUUCCUGGGGAUCUGCGCGGAGGUGUUCGUGCUGUGCGCCAUCAUCCUCGUGUACGAGAAGCGCCGCACCAAGCCCGAGCUCGACGACUCCGACACCGACAACCACGACCAGUGAGCGCUGGCCGCUGGCCUCGCACGCUCGCUUCGAUCGGUUAACGCCGAAUGUUGUUUUUAUUAAUAUAUUAAGCGUAAGUCCAUGUAAAAAUUCUGAUAACGACGCGAUAGGCGUCCCGGGUCACCGCGACCCCUCAUCCUCAUACUAACCGCGACCCGAGAUAAGAAUAAGAAACGACAUCAAUACAUUAUCAGUCUUCAGGUAUUCUGCUCACAGUUCGUAUAACAUUAAUUGAAAUAUUAUUAUAUGAACUGUGACCUAAAUACAAACCUGUUUAAGUAAUUAAGCGAUUUUAUUUAUAAUUUUUUUAUUUGGUUAUUACUACCACUCGCGAGCUAGUGUUAAUAUUAGAAAGAUUUUAUUGAAUUUAAUAAUUAUGUCCGUUAUUAUUGUAUAAAAAAUAACUUAUUCACGAUAGUAGUAAUGUUAGUGCGGAGUGUCACUGCCUGUAGUCUGCCUCACGCUGUGUACUUCAGUUCCGUAGUCAAUAAAAUCAUUAUGUUGAACAA